UACAUUGCAUUACACGGCCGCCCUCCCCGGAAAUCCACAUCAGCCAUGUCCAUCUCCCUCCCCAACGGUACUCUCCUCGCCGCCUCCUCGUCCUCCCACCUCCAGCUCUCCGCAGCAGUCACCAGGAUCCUCCACCUCGCAAACUUCUCAGCAGAACUCAAGACCCGCGACCUCCAGCUCAUGUUCAAGGAAUGGGAUAACGACAAAGGCGGCUACCGAAUAAAAUGGCUCGAUGACACCCACGCCUUGGUUGUUUUCGCAGACGCCAACGUCGCUAAACGCGCGUAUCUGUCCUUCCUUCUCCACCCCCCUCCAUCCUUCACUGGCAGCAUCCGCCCCUACGACCGACCCGAUGCAGCGCAGGUCAUCCAGUCGCUUGCGUCCCGUGCGCUCGGACACCGUUCCUCAAUGUCAAACGCCGCUAACGGCGGUGGCGCGCCCUUCCCCUUCCCAGCCAACAACGACCCUGCCGCACCUCAAGUGCACAGCCGGGCAAUGAGCGUGACCAACAUCCACCACUCCAAAACAGGCAGUAUCUCUGGCGCACUUCCCGGCAGCUCCUCCGGCCCCCACGCGGGGGGUCUCGCUGCCCCGACGCAGAGAAGGGGCCAUCACAGAUCAGGCUCAGGCUCUUCUUCCUGGGCUCGCACUUCCUUGUCAGGCGGCUUAGGAGGUCUUGCCGGUCUGGCAGGUGGAGCCCUUUCUUUUCCUACAAACGCAUCUUCCAGACCGACUUUACCAACUCAUGAUGAAUCUUCAGGCGGACCACCUUCCCGUUCGGGGAGCAGCUCAAGCGGGGAGGCAGUGGUGCUCGUUGACCCUAGCGCGAUGACGGGGAUGAGAGUGACUUCGAAUGGAGGGCCAAAGGACGGAGUGGAUGGAGACAAGAAGAGGAGGGAUAGUGUCAGUGCCGACAAGGCGUUGAGAGAGGUGCAAAAAGCGCUGGCCAGUGUCGAGACGCAAGGAUGAGUGACCAAUCAUCGAGGCCCAACGCCUCAAAAUAAGAGACGCCGCAGGUCGGGCAAAGGAGAAGCAUCUGUCUGCACCAUACAUGGUCGUUUAGCCCCAGUCACAGGCUUCACUGUUAUUUCUAUUAAACUUAUCCACGCACAUAGGAUCACACGACAACAUGAUUCACUCAUUAUGUAAAUCCUUCAUUCUUUCUCGCAUUUGC